UCCAAUUCCAAACGCUGCCUAGAACUAGAAGAAGAAGAAGCAUUCCCAAAAGUUUCGCUUUCUUAAGGCGGUUGUGGAGAGAAGAGAGAAUUUCGAAUCUGUUGCGUAAUUGGUUGGUCACUCAAUUUCGGUAGCCUUGCGAAUCAAAUCGAACCAGUGAGUGAAGAAGUUAAACUAUGUCGGACGAGGAGCACCAUUUCGAGUCCAAGGCCGACGCCGGCGCCUCCAAGACCUUUCCUCAGCAGGCCGGCACCAUUCGCAAGAACGGCUACAUCGUCAUUAAAAACCGCCCUUGCAAGGUUGUUGAAGUUUCCACUUCCAAGACUGGGAAGCAUGGUCAUGCCAAGUGCCACUUUGUUGGGAUUGACAUAUUCAGUGGGAAGAAGCUUGAAGAUAUUGUGCCCUCUUCUCAUAACUGUGAUGUUCCUCAUGUCAAUCGUAUCGACUAUCAGCUGAUUGAUAUCUCUGAGGAUGGAUUUGUGAGUUUACUAACUGAUAGUGGUAACACCAAAGAUGACCUGAGGCUCCCAACUGAUGAGAAUUUGCUCUCCCAGAUAAAGGAUGGUUUUGCUGAGGGGAAAGACCUGGUUGUGAGUGUGAUGUCUGCUAUGGGAGAAGAGCAGAUCUGCUCUCUGAAGGACAUUGGUCCAAAGUAAUUCCUACAUCUUUUGCAAAUUGUUUUCAAAGUUAGAUCAGAAAGCUUUUCUAUGAGAGCAUUUGCUGUUUUUUCUUUUUUAGUUAGAUUAUUUUUGCGUUGAGAUUAAGAUUUGAUAUUGUACUAUUGUACGAGAAUUAUAAACAAAAAUUAAGUCAUGGGUUUUUGAUAUAUUAAA